AUGCACUGCUUUCGAAAUAGGACUGACAGCUUGCAAAGAAGAAUACAACAUUUGCUGGAAGAACUCAGCACAAAAAAUAAUAUAAUUGAUAUUAUAAAUAAAGAAAAAGAUGAUGCCAGAUGGCAACUCGGAGAACACCGACAAUGGCUAACUGAUGCUAAUAACAGGUGUGCUGCAAUUGAAAAUGAUUUAAAAAUAAAGCAAGAAGAAAUUGACCAAAAAAAUAGGAUUAUUGAUGCAGUUAACAAGGAAAGAGAUGAUGCUCGAUGGCAACUUGGAGAGCACCGACAAUGGUUAUGUGAUGCUAAUAACAGGUGUGCUGGUCUCGAAGGAGAUUUAGCCGGAAAGCAGGAAGAAGUUGUUGCCUUGCGUCAUAAUCUUCAAGAGUUGCAGUCAAGGCCUGAUGUUCCAGAUGUAAGUUAA